AUGCCUCUUGUAAUUCCUGGAAUCAACUCCUCCAUGGGCGACAAGCCCGAUUGGGUUAACAAGCUGAUGGGGAAGACGAUCGGUGAUAACAGCAAUGAGACAGUCUUCGCAAAGAAAGAUCUUCCUGAAUCUCACCGUGUUUUGAAGCCUGGGGAUAUGAAGUCGAUGGAUCACGACCCCAACAGACUCAAUAUCCAUGUCAAUGAAGAGGGUGCGGUUCACGAUGUUAACUACGGUUAA